AGGUAAAAUGGGAACAAAAAUGAUCAAAGGGGAAGUAAGUGAGAGGAGUAUUGCAAAAUGUAAUGCUGAAGAGAAAUUAUAAAGACAACAAGAGAUGGGAAUAAGAGAAAUCUAGAAAAGCUGAACAAAGAAAGAGGAAGAAAUAGGGAGAACAAAAAACUAAAUACAGAAAUACCAAAACCUGCAAAAAUGUUUGACAAGAAGUAAAAAGCUAGAUGCAAACAAAAGAAGGAAAUUUUGAUGGAAUUGAUGAGAAAAAAAUACCUAUUUAAAAUGUUGGAUGAUUGUGAUGAGAAAAUUAAAUAGGUACCAUAAACAACUUGAAUAUAAAUACAUAAUUUACAAUUUAUAGUCCAAAAGGAUGAUGAAGAGACUAGAACUUCAGCUGAUGGCUAGGCUUUUUGAAUUAGAUUAGACUGGUCUAAAUUUAACUGACGGAACAUGAAAUCAGGUUGGAAGAACAUAGGAGUGCAUGGUACCUUUCUUUUAGAAUUAAAAAUGGUGGCAUAUUGUGUCAUUUCAGAAGAAACAAGUGGAUUCUGGAACAACUCGGGCAAUGGCUUUGCUUUCCUUAUCUUUAAAUUUUUUAUUUCCUUAAUUAAUGGUGGCAGAAAACUAACAUGUGGUGAGAUUUGAAAAACCACAGUUACCAUAUUAGCUAAGCAAGAGCAGAUUUCCUUUCAGAGCUCUAACAUAUGAACCAAAAUUAGCUAACACACAGAUUGACAGAGUUGUGCUAAAAAGAACGAACUCUUUCCACUUGCCACAGUGUGAAGGUGAAGCACAAAGAGCCUGUAAAGGAUGACUGAUUGAAAGAAACUCUGUUGGAAAGAGUGUACUUUUGUUGAGGCUGAUAGUAAAUGUGCUUGAGGCAGCCAGAACAGACUUUAAAAGAAUCACACAUCCUCUUUCACCUGGCCUUCAGACGAUUUUCAGAUUGGAAAUACUUGGGAAAGUAUUUUGAGGUCUUUCUGAACAUAUUUUUCUGAGAAGUGUACUGCCAAAAUGAAUUUUACAGACCCUUGUUCCACAGAUUACCCCUAUUAUUCAGACUAUGCUUCUCUAAUCAUGCAACCUUGUUCUAAGCUGGAGGUCAGGAACUUCACAAGAGCAUUUCUGCCAGUUGCAUAUUCAUUGAUUUGUAUCAUCGGCCUCUUGGGUAACAUCUUUGUGGUGAUGACCUUCGCUUUAUACGAAAGAACCAAGUCCAUGACGGAUGUGUACCUCUUCAACAUGGCCAUAGCAGACAUACUGUUUGUUCUUACUCUUCCACUGUGGGCAGUGAAUUAUGCAGCUGACGAAUGGAUUUUUGGUGACUUCAUUUGCAAAAUGACUAGAGGUAUCUAUGCAAUCAACUUCAGCUGUGGCAUGCUGCUUUUGGCCUUUAUCAGCGUGGACCGGUACAUUGCUAUCGUACAGGCAACAAAGUCUUUUAAACUCAGGGCAAGGACUCUGGCACAUAGUAAACUCAUUUGUUUGGCUGUGUGGAUAUCAUCAAUUUUAAUCUCCAGUUCCUCUUUUCUGUACAGUGAAAGUUACAGCUUCUCCAUCAAUGAAACCAAAGAGAUUUGUGAUCACAGAUUUGACGGAAUGUCUGAAAGCAUGACGCUGAAAUCGCUGCUGCUGUGGCUACAAGUUUCAUUUGGAUUUUUUAUACCUUUCAUAUUCAUGAUUUUUUGCUACACCUUCAUUGUCAAAUCCUUACAACAAGCUCAGAAUUCCAAAAGAAACAAAGCAAUCCGUGUAAUUGUAUUAAUUGUAGCUGUUUUCCUAGUUUGCCAGGUACCUUAUAACAUUGUACUUCUCAUAACAGCUGUCAACAUGGGCAAGAUUGACAAAUCUUGUGACAGUGACAAGAUAAUGGCUUAUGCAAAAUACACCACUGAAGCCAUAGCAUUUUUACACUGUUGUGUGAACCCUGUGCUCUAUGCAUUUAUUGGUGUGAAGUUCAGAAGUUAUUUUGUGAAGCUGAUGAAGGACCUAUGGUGCAAGAGAGACAAGAAAGACAAUAAACGUAGUUUAAGGACAAACUCUGAUACUUACCAUUCCAGACAGACUAGUGAAAUUCUGACUGACAAUGGAUCAUCUUUUACUAUAUAAAUACAAUUUGAGCAACAUUAGUACUGAAGGGCUCUUUUCACUGGGUCACCCAAACUAAUGUCACUGUGCCAUGUGACAGCAAGUUUCUGAGCUCCUCUGUGUCUCUAAAGGGAUCCAAUGAUCUACAGCUCUUUUCAGGAAACUAAUUAAGACAAAGGAAUAAUACUGUCCUGUGUAAAGCUAAAGCCUUAUUCACUUUUCUUAAUGCACUUCUAAAGUACAUUCUCUUGGAAUUACAAAGAAAUUGAAAUUUUCAGAGGAACCCUUGUCAUUGUGCAAGGAAAAAAUCGCAUUUCAUCUGUCCUACAACACUGAAAUAUCCCCAAAAUAAUAAGUAAAGGUUAUGUCUAGGCUCUUUCUUACAUUUAUUUUGUUUCUGUUAAUUUCUUCUACCUGGAAAUCCUAGUGAAGUGUAGCUCUCCACUGUGCUUAUAUUGCAGACAGGUCAUGCUGUGACAGUACUAACCCAAAGAGAUGGCAUUUUGAGCAAAGCACGACAAGAAAUUUCACAGACUGUGAAAUGACAAAAGAGGCUCAGGACUGCUGACAUAGCUGGGCUGCAGUGCUUGGUCUUGUAAAUCUUUGCCCAGUGCUAUUCUGAACAGAGAAUGAAGCUUUGUUAGAGAGUUUCUUCUCUUUGUUUGGCACAGGGUUCAGAUGCUGGAAUCCAACAAAGCUGAUAAUCUGAUGAAUGUUUGUGAAAAGUUGUCUUUCUAGCUGAAAUUCACACUCUACUUUUUAAAAGGCAACUAACUGUAUGAAACUGCAAUUAUUCCAGCACUAUUUGUUGGAAUGUGAUUAGUGAUAAAAUAUGAAGCAUUUCUUUGCAUUUAGCUGCUGCUAGCAAAGAUUCCUUAGGAAUGUAUUUACCAGCUCAAAUAUGCAUAUAUGUAGUUUCAGAAAUUAGUUAGAAGUUAUUAUCUAAAACAGAGCAGAAUCUGACUUAAUUCAGCCAGAAUUUUUACUGAGUCAGUAUUUGACUCACUAUACAUAUAGGAAUAUUUAAAAUAAAUGCAAUUAGUUUUACCCAGCCUUUACUCUUCAGCAAAUCCUUGGUGGAUAUUUUGCUCAUUGAGUGAGCUUUACCACUGUUGCAGUCACAGUGGGACAAUGAGAUAGACAGAAGCAGGAUCUGUAGAUCCCUUGAGGAAUGCAUUAAUAUGGCACAUGAAACUAGUGCUGCCUUGGUUGGUACAAUCCAUCCUUGUUUCUACUGCAGUGUCAGGUUUUUAAAUAUCAGUGCCACAUAUGAUAAAGAUUGCAUAUAUUUAUCAUAACUGAAUUGCAAUUUUGUGAGACUAUGAUAGAAAAAUGUGUAAAUACAGAUGCAUGCAUUUGCUGUACAUAGCAAUGAUGAUUUUCUGGAAGAGAAUUCAGCAAAUAAAAAAUGUAAGGAAAAUAUCCCCUCAUAUCUAAGAGUUCCCUUCUACAUGUGUUGCCAUAAAACAUCCUCUUACACCGUGCAAAAUCUGUCAUGUUUGAACAGUCUGUCCAUCGGGGGCUCCCUGAGGGAGCGUGCCCCAGGGUGGGAAGUUUAGAGUUCAGAGCUGAAACAGCUGCAGCAGCUCUUGGGCACAACCUCCCAAGGCUACAAAGUUUAUCCCCCACCUCCUGUAACCCCACUGCCAUGCCUGCAUUGGCCUUCAGCCGCUGGAGAACCCAAACACUGCCCCAGCAGAGCGAGGGACAGUCACUGACUGGGCACUGGCACUGGCACUGGCACUGUCCCACCAGCGGUGACUUGCUGACAGACCCUGGGAGAGGGCAGGGACAGUGUGCCAUAGCCUUCAUGAAGUGGUUCCUGGCUGAAAGAGUAUGGAUGCUAACUCUGAAGCAGGGAGCAAGGUGCCUGUGGAAAUUGCAGGCCGCAUAGCUUUCUCAGUCUUGCCCGAGAAAGUGGCCUGAGAAAUCAUGUGGAGGAAUUAAAACAAU